AUGGCUGAUGUUAUAAAUAUUUCUAGAAUACCAAUAUUUAGCAAACAGGAAAGAGAAUUUAGUGAUUUACAAAAAGGAAAAGAGAUAAAUGAGAAGAUAUUAAAUAAAGAGAGUGAUCGUUUUACUUUAUAUCCAAUAUUAUAUCCUGAAGUUUGGGAUUUUUACAAGAAAGCUGAAGCUUCAUUUUGGACAGCAGAAGAAAUUGAUUUAUCUAGCGAUUUAAAAGAUUUUGAGAAAUUGAAUGACAAUGAGAAACAUUUUAUAAAGCAUGUGUUAGCAUUUUUUGCAGCAAGUGAUGGUAUAGUAUUAGAGAAUUUGGCUAGUAAAUUUUUAAGAGAGGUUCAAAUAACAGAAGCAAAAAAAUUUUAUUCUUUUCAAAUAGCUGUAGAAAAUAUUCAUUCAGAAACAUAUAGUUUAUUAAUUGAUAAUUAUAUUAAAGAUGAAAAAGAAAGAUUAAAUUUAUUUCAUGCUAUAGAAAAUAUCCCUGCAGUAAAAAAUAAAGCAUUAUGGGCAGCAAAAUGGAUUAAUGAUACUAAUUCAUUUGCUGAAAGGAUAGUAGCUAAUGCAUGUGUUGAAGGAAUAUUAUUCAGUGGUAGUUUUUGUGCUAUUUUUUGGUUUAAAAAACAAAAUAAAUUACAUGGUUUAACAUUUAGUAAUGAAUUAAUAAGUAGAGAUGAAGGACUACAUACAGAUUUUAAUUGCUUAAUUUAUAGUUUAUUAGAUAAUAAACUUCCAGAACAAAUGGUACAAAAUAUUGUUAAAGAAGCUGUAGAAGUUGAAAGAUCUUUUAUAUGUGAAUCAUUACCAUGUGAUUUAAUAGGUAUGAAUUCUAGACUUAUGUCUCAAUAUAUAGAAUUUGUUGCAGAUAGAUUAUUAGAAUGUUUAGGAUGCUCUAAAAUUUUCCAUUCAAAAAAUCCAUUCAAUUGGAUGGACUUAAUUUCACUUCAAGGAAAAACAAACUUUUUCGAGAAAAGGGUCGCAGAUUAUCAAAAAUCAGGAGUCAUGGCCCAACGAAAGGACCAGGUCUUUUGUCUUAACACGGAAUUUUAA